CGAGCCGCACAGGGAUGGGACUGGGAGCUGAUUUGGGCUCCUGCUGAUCACAUCCUUAUUUUUAGUUUAUUUUGUUCUUAAUAUAUAUAUUUUUAAUUAUUGUAUCCUUGGUCAGUCAGGCUUUGAUUUUAAAGCUACUCCGAUAUGUGAUAUUUACGUUUGUUUAAAACCAUGCGCAGUCAAAUAAGUGCUGAAUAUUUCUGCCCUUUUCAUUUUUUUUGGUAAGUGUUGCAUAAUCUUAUGCCCCCUUAUAAUACGAGCAUGGAGGAGGUACAUUUGAAUUGCAAUCUCGGUGAAUUAGAUUUGGUCAUAUGACACAUUUGACCCAAAUACAUGCAUUUGCCCUCAAGACCAGCCUUCCUGUCUGAUGUGUGUUGACCUGAGAGAGUGGAGGAGAGAGGGAGCAUUACAUUACAUUACAUGUCACUUGUUAGACGCUUUUAUCCAAAGCGACUUACAUACUCAAUACUGUGGGCAAUCCCCACAGGGGCAAUUUGGGGUGAAGUGUCUUGCCCAGGGACACAACGACAUGCUGACUGCAGUGGGGUUUGAACCUGUGACCCCUUGAUCCGAACACCAACGUUCAACCCACUGCACCACACGCCUCCAGCUGGGCUUCAGAUCUCAGUCUGCAGGUCGGUCUGCUUUUCGCUGAGUCAAGCUCUGCUAUCACAAGCAGUCUAGUCUUGGAUCUGGCUCUACACACUCUGUGCUUCAACUUCAUCUCUUAUUAUUUGUGCAUGACAAACUGCCCGACCCUCAUCGUGACGGUUGGACUUCCAGCGCGAGGGAAGACCUACAUCUCAAAGAAGCUCACACGCUACUUGAACUGGAUAGGUGUGCCAACUAAAGAGUUCAACGUUGGCCAGUACCGGAGGGAGUGUCUGAAGAUCUACAAGUCCUUUGAGUUCUUCCGGCCAGAUAACGAGGAGGGGUUGAAAAUCAGACGUCAGUGUGCGUUAGCUGCACUCAACGAUGUCCGGCAGUACCUGAGUGUGGAAGGAGGACAGGUGGCGGUGUUUGAUGCCACGAAUACAACAAGAGAACGAAGAGGGACCAUCGUCAAGUUUGCUGAGCAGAAUGGCUUUAAGGUGUUCUUUGUGGAGUCUGUGUGUGAAGACCCAGAUGUCAUUGCACAAAAUAUAGUGCAAGUUAAGUUGGACAGCCCAGAUUACAUACACUGCAACACAGAGGAGGCCAUCGAGGACUUCAUGAAGAGGAUCAAGUGCUACGAGUCGUCCUACCAGCCUCUGGACGAGGUUCUGGACAGGGAUCUCUCCUACAUAAAGAUCAUCGACGUGGGCUGUCGUUUCCUGGUGAACCGCGUCCUUGACCACGUCCAAAGCAGGAUCGUCUACUACCUGAUGAACAUCCACAUCACGCCACGCUCCAUCUACCUGUGCCGCCACGGGGAGAGCGACCUGAACAUCAAGGGCCGGAUCGGAGGAGACUCUGCUCUGUCUGCCAGAGGAAAAGAGUAUGCCAAAUGUCUGAGGAAGUUCAUCCAGGAACAGAACAUCACAGAUCUGAAAGUGUGGACGAGCCAGAUGAAGAGGACCAUCCAGACGGCGGAGAGCCUGGGAGUGCCGUACGAACAGUGGAAGUCUCUCAACGAAAUAGAUGCUGGUGUGUGUGAGGAAAUGAUGUACGAGGAGAUCCAGGAGCAUUUCCCUCUGGAGUUUGCUCUGAGAGACCAAGACAAGUACCGCUACCGCUAUCCCAAAGGAGAGUCUUAUGAAGACCUGGUGCAGCGCCUGGAGCCUGUGAUCAUGGAGCUGGAGAGGCAGGAGAACGUUCUGGUGGUUUGUCACCAGGCCGUCAUGCGGUGUCUUCUUGCAUAUUUCCUGGACAAGACUGCAGAUGAGUUGCCUUAUCUCAAGUGCCCUUUGCACACGGUGUUGAAGUUGACCCCCAUGGCCUACGGAUGUAAAGUGGAGUCUGUGUAUUUAGGCGUGGACUCGGUGAACACACACAGAGACAGACCCGAGGUAGGUAUCACAGGCAGCUCUCAGAAAUGUCUCUCAGCAGAAGACCACUUGAGUCCCCUUCAGGUGUGACUGGCUUCACUGCGUUUUCCACUCGGCUCCUCGGGGACGCAAAAGGGAGAAUGUCACGCAGUAAACACGUCACCUUUAAACGCUGUGUGUGACUUUCAUCAUUACUGGAGAAGCACAUUGUAUGUCUUACAUCAUUUUAAGUCUGCAUCUCCCACCUGAAGCAGUCAGUGCGGACCCUCCUCUCUCUGAGAACACACAUCUUUCACACAUGGCAGAGGACCCAUGUCCCGAUGCACCGGUGUUUCCUGACAGAACGACAACUGUGACACAGAAUGACCAUUGACGCUCCUAUCUCCAUCCUGCCAGCAGUGACCUUUUCUCAUCGCAUGUCUUUUUCUGUAUUGGCCCUAAUAGGUCAACACACUGCUACUUAAGAAAAUGCAUGAAAGAAGAGAAAACGCUGCAAAGUACAACCAAAUACAGAAACUGUCAAUCACACAGAUGUCAAACUGUUAUAUUCACUUAAUAGAAAGACUCUUUAGAAUUGAAUAUACAAACAAAGUAAUCAGUAGUCCAACAGCAGACAUCUGAAAUAAUCAUUAAACCAUAUAAUCAGAAUGUAAAAUCAAAACUUUAAUUUUCCAACAACACUGACUCCACAGCUAGCUGUUCUUCUGUUGUGUCCUGACAUGCAACAUGUUUGGUUUUGGUUUUGGCUUUUUUCUAUUAAAUGCUGCAAAUGUGGUGUCAAGACUGGUGAAGAUUUUCCUCCAUGUCUUCAUUCCUUCUCUAGCUGCAGUGUGUUGAGUUCUCGGGGCCUACGUUUUACAUCUCAGUACAUAACUGGAAUCCAGUUUCAGGAGGAAUCCCUCGGCUGUGUGUAUUUGUACAUCUAUAUUUGUGAGGACCAGUUUGACUCCGACCUCUGGAGCGACGACAUAUUUUAGACUUUUGGUGGUGUUUAAAGUGCUGACUAAGGGUUGGGGCUAGGGAAUUAGCUGCCUCAUAAGUAUAGAGGUACAGGUAGGUGUGUGUGUGUAAUGAAUAGUGAAUGAAGGAGAGAACACAAGAACAUUACAUACAUAUAAUUUCACCCUGUUUUUGUGUAUGUUUGCCAGUUUGCAUUAAAGCCUGUUUUUUGUACACUUUAACAUUUACCCUUUACAUAAUUUUCUUCUGCACAUGAAUUAUUUUCUUACUUUGUCUCUGUUUACUGCCUAAAUGUGAAGGGUUCAUCUGCAAUGCCCACCAAAAUGAAAUGCUAACCUUAAAUAAAGAUAAUUGACGAUAAAAUCAA